AUGUCCGAGCAGCAGCCGUUCACUCCUGUCGAAGAGGCCAUCGAGCAACUUCGCCAGGGCGAGAUGGUGAUCGUCGUUGACGACGAGGAUCGCGAGAACGAAGGCGACCUGGUCAUCAUUGCCGAGAUGGUGACCCCGGCGGCGAUCAACUUCAUGGCCAAGCACGGCCGUGGCCUGAUCUGCCUGGCGUUGACCGAGGAGCGCUGUGCCGAGCUCGAUCUACCGCUGAUGGUGGAGGACAACGCGACUCCCUUCGGCACCGCUUUCACGGUGACCAUCGAAGGGCGGGGCAAGGUAACGACCGGCAUUUCGGCCGCUGAUCGCGCGGCCACCGUGCUGACCGCGAUCGACUCCAACACCAAGCCUCAAGAUUUGAUUCGGCCGGGCCACGUGUUCCCGAUCCGGGCCCGGCCUGGCGGUGUGCUCAAGCGGGCCGGCCACACCGAGGCGGCGGUCGAUCUGGCGAUCAUGGCGGGUGCCAAGCCGGCCGGAGUGGUGUGCGAGAUCAUGAACGACGACGGCACCAUGGCACGAGUGCCCGAUCUGCUGCGCUUCGCCACCGAGCACCAGCUGGCGAUCAUCACCGUCACCGAGCUGAUCAAGCACCGGAUGAUGCACGAGACCCUGGUCGAACGCAUCGCCGCCCCUUUGCUACCCACUGCCUACGGCAAGUUGCGCGCCCAUGCCUACCGCUCGGAGGUCACCGGCGAAGAACACCUCGCGGUGGUGUUGGGCGAGAUCGACGAAGAGCAGCCGAUCUUGGUGCGGGUCCACAGCCAAUGCCUGACCGGCGAUAUCUUUGGCUCCGAGCGUUGCGACUGCGGUGUGCAGCUGCACCGGGCCCUGGACACGAUUCAAGCCGAGGGCCAGGGCGUGCUGCUCUAUCUGUUGCAGGAGGGGCGUGGCAUCGGCUUGUUCAACAAGCUGCGGGCCUACGAGCUGCAAGAGCAGGGGCACGACACCGUCGAGGCCAACGAAAAACUGGGCUUCAAGCCCGAUGCCCGCAAUUACGGCAUUGGCGCCCAGAUCUUGCGCGACCUCGGAGUGCGCCGGAUGCGGCUGAUGACCAACAAUCCCGGCAAAUACGUGGCGCUCGGCUAUGGUUUGGAGAUCGUCGAGCGGGUGCCGCUCGAGGUCGUUCCGAACGAAAACAGCCGCGACUACCUGCGCGCAAAGCGCGACAAGAUGGGCCACUUGCUGAAGAUGGUCUGA